GAGAGCUAGGGAUGGGGAGAUUGCCGGACCGAGCAGAUAGAAGUGUUACUACAGAGCUGCUGCUGCUGGAGGACGGCUGGGAGCCGAGGAUAAUGCUCCAUCCCUCAGCGUACAGCAGCACGCCGGACACCUUGUGAUUUCUCGUGGCGGCGGCGGCGGCUGUGGAGGAGGAGGGUCUUCAUUGUUGCAGCAGUGAUUAUCUUUUCCUUUUCCUCCCCUUUAACCACAGUCUUCUUCAUCAUCUUCCUGCUAACCCCUCCUCACUCCUUAUUCCUCUGCAACUGGCAACCGCUGGGCUCCCCCUCCUCUCUUUUUCUACUUCUGUCCCCUUUUUUUUUCCAGAGGAGGGAUUUCUGUAUUUCAUCAGGGAUUGUAGAAGACAUGGCUCUCUGGGAAUGAUGGCGUUGCCACUGGUUCCGCCCUCUCUGUCGCCAUGACGAUGCCGUUCAGCCCCCUGUCCAGCGACGAGGAGCAACAAAGGAUGCUGGGAAACAAUCGACAUCUCUAUCCAGGGGCAGAGGACGAGGAAGAGGAGGAAGAAGAGGAGGAAGAGGAAAUGGAAGAAGAAGAGCGUGAUGAGGACCAGGAGGAGGAGGAGAAUGGCGAGCUGGAGGGGGAAGAGGAAGACGAUGAGGAGAUGGUGGAGGAGGUCAGGCGAGGAGGCCUAGCGCGGGUGGGCAGGGGUGAGGGACACAGGCAGUCAGGUAAACUGGCCGGGAGACCCAGCGGGGACAGACAGAUCCGGCCAGGGAACCCUGGACACACCGCAAACCCCUAUUCGUCAAAUCCAGGACCCACGCACCAACAGCCAGCCAAUCACAUUCAGCAGCAGCCGCAGCAGCAGAGGAGGCUGAAGGAGCGCAGCACCGGCACGGUGCCAUCUGAGGACGCCCACAUUGCCAUGAUGGUCUUUCGCAUCGGCAUCCCAGACAUAAAGCAAACGAAAUGUUUGCGGUUUAACCCAGAUGCCACGGUGUGGAAGGCCAAGCAGCAGGUGCUGUGCUCCCUGACCGAAUCUCUGCGGGACGUCCUGAACUAUGGUCUGUUCCAGCCCGCCACGGACGGCCAUGAUGCCAAGUUCCUGGAGGAGGAGAGGCUGCUCAGAGAGUACCCACAGUCCUUUGAGAAAGGGGUACCAUAUUUAGAGUUUCGUUACAAGACCAGGGUGUACAAACAGACCAAUCUGGAUGAGAAGCAACUGGCCAAACUGCACACUAAGAAGGAGUACUAUCUGCUCCCUAUAAUACAGCAGCAAGUGUCUCUCUGCAUGCAGGCUAGCCUGAAGAAAUUCAUGGAUUAUAUCCAAACCAGCGCUGUGGACAAGAUGGGCAAGUUUUUAGACAAAGGCCUCGAUCCCAACUACCAGGAUCCGGACACCGGCGAGACUGCUCUGUCCCUGGCGGUGCAGUGUGAGCCCGGUGGAGGUGAGGCCAUCCGGGUCCUGGCGGAGGGAGGUGCUCACAUUGACUUCCGCGCCAAAGAUGGACUCACACCCGUACACAAAGCUGUGCGAGGCCACCGCCAUACAGCCCUGCUGGUCCUGCUGUCUCUGGGUGCGUCUCCGGACUAUAAGGACCGGCGAGGGCUGACGCCGCUCUACCACACUGUGCUGACAGGGGGGGACACCUCCUGCUGCGAAACACUGCUUUACCACCACGCCAAACUGGGCAUCAGGGACGAGAACGGCUGGGACGAGACACAUCAGGCCUGUCAGAAUGGUAACUCGCAGCAUCUGGAACACCUCCUUUUCUAUGGGGCGGAUUCUUCCUCCCAGAAUGCCUCUGGAAACACUGCCUUGCACAUCUGUGCUUUAUACAACAAGGAAAGCUGUUCACGAAUUCUGCUCUACCGGGGAGCAAAUAAAGACACAAAGAACAACAGUGGGCAGACCCCCUUUCAGGUGGCUGUUAUGUCCGGCCAUUUUGAGCUGGGAGAAAUUAUCAAAAACCACCGGGAUACAGAUGUGGUUCCCUUUGUGGAGUCCCCAAAGUACGCCCCCCAGAGGCGGGAGAGUACCCGGACUCUGACAAUACCCAACCCUCAUCCCUUCCUCCGGGCCAACAGCGACAGCAGCAUGAACCUGCCAGACUGGAUGGCAGUGCCCAACGCUCCGGGGACCAACAUAGUCUCUGUGCAGGGCUACAAACAUACGGGAACCCUACGGAGCUCCAGCAGUCCCAGAGGGGCGAGGACGCGUUCCCCGUCCCGAGGAAGGAUCGGAGACAAGGAGGACCGGAGCAGGCAGAGUCGCAGACAGGCGCCUGCACCUGUCAGCACAGCUGCACCUACCGCGGGCCAGCGGAGACGCCUCUACAGUGCCGUCCCAGGACGCGUCUUUGUAGCUACUCGAUCACACUCUGCCCAGGGAGAGCGAGAAAUCAGCUUCAAUAAGGGAGACAGGGUCAAAGUGUUGAGUGUUGGCGAAGGCGGAUAUUGGGAAGGGACGGUCAGGGGUCGCACAGGCUGGUUCCCCUCUGACUGUGUGGAGGAAGUGAUGCAUCGAAGCCAAGAGAACCGAUCAGAGAGCCGUGGAGAACGAGCCAAAAGGCUGUUCCGCCAUUACACUGUGGGAUCCUAUGACAGCUUUGACGCUCCCAGUGACUAUAUAAUAAAGGAGAAGACAGUGCUUCUGCAGAAAAAAGACAGCGAGGGUUUCGGCUUUGUGCUGAGAGGGGCCAAAGCUCAGACUCCUAUCGAGGAGUUCACCCCCACCCCGGCCUUCCCUGCCCUGCAGUACCUGGAGUCGGUGGACGAGGGAGGCGUUGCCUGGAGAGCCGGUCUCAGGAUGGGGGAUUUUCUGAUAGAGGUCAAUGGUCAGAAUGUGGUGAAGGUUGGUCACCGACAGGUAGUCAACAUGAUCCGGCAAGGUGGCAACAGCCUCAUGGUCAAGGUUGUCAUGGUAACCCGCAACCCUGACAUGGAGGAGGGUUCGAGAAAGAAAAUCCCCCAGCAGAGUAAGAGGCUAAACACUCCGGCUAUCGCCCUUCGAUCCAAAUCCAUGACUUCAGAACUGGAGGAGAUGGUGGAGAGAGCUGCUACCCCUUGGAAAAAAAAAUCAGAAUUCGAAUCCUCACAAGUUACAGAGAAGAAGAGGACAGUCUAUCAGAUGGCUUUGAAUAAACUAGAUGAAAUUCUUGCAGCAGCUCAGCAGACAAUCAGCACCAAUGAGGCGCCAGGGACACGGGGACAGGGGCCAAAAAGAGACAGAGGAAGAAGUUUCUAUGGCAAUGAGCCAAACUACGGGGAUCAGUCCGGGUUGGGGAUGAUGUCGUCGGGGUUGGGCCUCGGCUAUGACCGUGGACAAUACACCUCAGGUGGUCACGGCCCACCGCACGGUAUGCGCCGGCAGAAAUCCAUCGGGGUGCCUGAGGAGGAGAGGCAGUUCCUGCAUCCUCCAUCCGUGAAGUUUGCUCGCAGUCUGUCGGUGCCUGGCCCAGACGAGAUCCCUCCUCCUCCCACCACAGCUCCACCAGAACCUCCAUUCUCCUCUGCUCCGCCACUAGGUUGGAGAGGAAAGUCAUCCCAGCAGCCUGUCUCCGUGUCCCAGUCCACAGCCACCUCUGCGCACUACCAGCCCUACUCCCAGUCAGUGCACUUCACCCAUGGGGGCAGGGAAAGGGCAGGUGGUCCCAGCACUGGCCCCAGUGGUGGAGCGGUGGACCACACAACCUCAUAUGCACCUGCAGCUGCCCAUACUGCUCAAAGCAGGACUGUUUCGCGGAAGGUUGCCUACACUGGGGAGCCUGUUGGAGCUGGUGGAGGGGCCAAGGCAGCAGGUCUUAGGAGAGGCUACAGCACUGCUGUCCCCCCAUCCAGCAUUGCCACUGUAAUGCCCCAGCAACAACAGACUACGCAGAGUCAACCCCAGCGAGCAGACCGCAGUACAGCUGGGGCUGGAGCAGGUGGUCCUAAAGGAGGGGCCCGGAGAGGUAAGGGACCCCUGGUGAAGCAAUCUAAGGUAGAGGACCUGCGCCUGGCCCAGGGUACACUGGGAGGCAAAGCCUCAAUGGAGAAAAGCUCCAUCCCCAUCCCCACCAUUAUUGUCAAGGCCCCCUCAACCAGCAGCAGUGGACGCAGCAGCCAGGGCAGCAGUGUGGAGGCCGACGUUCCUGCAUCAGGGGAGACAGAUGAAGCCAAAACACCCCACGGUCCUCCUCCCUCCACUCCUGCUCCACAGCCACCUGCCCCUCCUUCCAUCCCAGCACCGCCGCCUCCGUCCUUGCCUUCUAUGCGAGCCCAGGAAAAUCUGGACUUUACCAGCCAGUUUGGGGCUGCCAUUGUUGGCGCAGCUCGCCGAGACAGGGAACGGUUUCAUGAAGCCCGCAGAAAGGGUAACUCCAUGUUCAUGUCUGCUGAGGAGGAUGUGAGUCUUGGGGGAGUGAGUGAUGGAAUAGCAAGGACUCAAGUGUCACAGCAACAGCUUAGCACACAGGCUGAAAGUUCAUCAACACGGCUGCGCCCGUCCAAGUCUAUUGACGAGGGCAUGUUCUCUGGGGACACCUUUAUUCAUCACACCCGCAGUAUGCCUCCAGCCUUUGGCCUACCUGAGUACUCUUCACCUGCCCUGGACUAUCAGCCUAAGUCUGUGCCUACUGACUUGUACACAGCAGUAGGCAGGCAGCCAGCACCCUCCAGUACAACCUUCAUUCACCCUCUAACAGGAAAGGCUCUUGACCCCACAUCGCCACUAGGCCUCGCCCUGGCUGCCAGAGAGCGUGCUCUGAGGGAUGACAGCAGGUUAAGGAGGGGAGCAGAUCAUCAUUUCACCCGCCAGAUGUCGAGUGUGGUGUUUCCUUCGUCUACUGUCACCUCUCAGCCAGUGUCGUCCACCGCCCAGUCCUCUAGCUCCUCUUACCUGGUCACCUCGUCUUCUCUGGCUGCUACCACGGCGACUGUUGGCCGCCCACCUUCUCCCAGAAUCCUCAGAGGAGUUGGGAGUGUGUGGAGUGAGGAAGGUAGUGGGGGAGAGAGGGAACGGGAAGGAGGAGGGGCUCGUGAGGGGCUAAGAGUUCGCUUCUCUGAGGACAAAACGGUCCACACGCACCACUACCAGUCUCAGCCAUAUCAGCCAACCUUCAAAGAGAGAGAGCGGGAGAGGUCGAGAGAGCGGGAGCGGGAGAGGUCUAGGGAACGGGAGAGGGAGCUGUCGAGAGAAAGAGAGAGGGACAAAGAGAGAGAGGGUUACAUGAGGAGGGCAGAGCAGGCUGCUGCCAAUGCGGCAGCUGCUGAUAGCUCUGCUCAGCAGGCAUCCCAGUCUCAGCAGCCUCGGAGGCCUGCUUUUCUCAGGAUGGAAAGUCAAGCUGAUGCUUAUAUCUUGUCCCUAACCCCUCCCUCUCCUCCAGCUACCAGUACUCAGCAGACAGCAACCACUACUGGGAGCACUGGGUCUGGUUUGAUGGUUCUUCCUCCUCCUGCCCCCUCAGUUGAUGCGGACGAUGAGUUUGUCUUCGCAGACCCUCUCCCACCUCCAUUACAGUUUGCUAACAGCUUUGACAGGGGAGUUGGGGGAUUAUCAGGAUACUCACAACAUGGGAUGCGCCCCAACAACCUGACCCGCCAACAGCAGGUCCCACCCCCGCCACCUCCACCUCCUCCUCCACCACCACCCCCUCCACCUCCCCAAAAAGAACCAUUUGUAAGUGGGUUUCCUACUCAUACACCCCUGCCCUCUCCUCAGGCAGGGGACUCCACUGCCUCCAGCCUCACAUCUUACGACAGUGAGGUGGCUAACCUGACUCAGUCUGCUCCCUCCCCCUCCCAGACGUCGCCCAACCCCCCACCUCCUCACUCGCCCUCUACCCUGCAGAUAACGGGACCUCCGCCUCCCCCGUCAGUCUCACCACCGCCUCCUCCCGGAUCCUAUCACAGACCCUUCUCUAUGUCCCAUCCCCACCACCUUUACAACAGCUCUCACACUCCUGGACGUUCUUCCCCCACGCCUCCCCCACACACAGUCGCCCCUCCACUGGCCUACCGUGGUCCCCCAGUGCCCUCCUCCACUGCUGCCACCUCUGCCCUUAGGGGCACUGCCUCACAUGCCACGACCGCUAGCUGUGCCGCUACAACCACCGCUGCUGCCACCACAACAAGCACCUCCACUCAGCUCUACCAUGAGCGCACACACACCACACAUACAACAUCCACCGCCAUCACAGGCAGUCGCAGGACAGGGGAUCACCGUCGUACUCCCCCUGCUACCAAGAAAGGAGAAUCUCAGGAGACGGUGGUGGACUCUGGGAUUGAAGAGCUGGACAGCCGCAGCAGCAGUGACCAUCACUUGGACAGCAUCCUGGCUGGUGUUCGGGGAGAUCGGCUGGACCGAGGGGAGAGAGGACGGAUGGGAGGGGGAGGCGGGACAGGGGAAUCAGAAAGGGGAGGAGAUUUUCUGGAGUCUUACAUGAGCUACCUGGACGGACAAACUUUUGAGAUGCAGAAUGCCACAGCAGCAGCUUCCACCUACCCAAAAACCAACCGGUUCAGAGAGGGAGGUCGCACCAGUGAUCUACACAGACAGACCAGCACCGCUCCCGCAUCUUUCCACUCCCACAGACGAAGGGACGAGCAGGAAGAGGACGAGGUCGAGGAGGGAGCGGAUGAAAGUGGCCGCGAUGGGUAUGGUGUGAGGGACAUGCAGAAUUUGGGACGUCCCAUUUCACCGUACUUUGAUCGCCCUCGCACUCCUGAGAUGAAGCCUCUCUGGGGCGAGGGGCAGAUGGCCAGUGACCAGUCCGCAGCACUUUUAGAGGGGAAGAGGAUUUACCCUCCUGCAUCCAGUAUGAAGCCCAGCAUCAUAAAUGAGCUGAACAGUAAACUGCAGCAAAGAACCAAGGACAGCUGGAGCAGCCAGAGAACACUGAGCAGACACAGAAGCAGAAACAGAUUUUCAGAAGACUCAGCCUCAGCUCUGAGCCCCCCCUCAGCUCGAUCCCAGUCACCGUCUCCGAUUUCAUUAUCGCAGCCAUCGUUAUCCCCGUCCCCCACCCCAGCCUCCCAGUACCCCAACUGGGGACGAUCCCCAUCUCCUCAACCUCCAGCUGCCUCUCAGCCUCCACGUUCCCAUUCCCCGCUGUCUCCGACAACUUAUUCCCCUUAUCCCACUUCCCCCAAACACAGACCUGUCUACCGGACCAAAGCCCUAGAAUUCCAGUUCAUCCCCAGUCGCGAGUCCCGUAAAGCAGAAUCACACAUGUUCCAGCGUAGGCGAGCACCCAGCCCCCUCAUAUCCCCGUCAGAGAGGCCCAAGCUGGGGGGUCCACCUCGGCCAUCAUCCCUUCCGCUCCUCCCCACUACACCUCUAUACAGUGCCAUGUACGACCUCCGAGGUUCAGUCACCCCACCAUCACCUGGGAACCCUCUCGGAGAUCCUUACUUCUCGCCCUCUCCUCCCUUGUUUGCCCCCUCUGGUGCCCCUCCUCCUCCAAACUCCGCCUUAGUUGUCUCUCGAUCCCUCUCUCCAACUCACUUCUUGUCCGGGACCUCUUCUCCGCCCAUGCACCCUCACCCUCCACCUACAUGCCUAAGUUACCCCCAUCUACCGCCCCCUUCCCCUACAAAGCCUUUUGCCUCCAAGCCGCUGCCCUACUGGACCAAGUAUGACGUUGCAGACUGGCUAGGAUACCUGAACCUGGGUGAGCACAGAGAGCGUUUCCUGGACAACGAGAUUGAUGGCACCCACCUGCCCUCCCUAACCAAGGAUGAUUAUCUGGAUCUGGGUGUGACGCGUGUAGGCCACCGUAUGAACAUUGAACGGGCCCUGAGGACCGUCAUGGACAGGCUGUCCAGCAGCCCAUUUCCCAUUUCUGUUCUCUCACCUCGGGAUGGACAGACUGAGAGGAGGAGGGACGAUGGGAGUCGGAGCUGAGGUUGCAAAAGCAGAGGAAGAGAGAGAGAGAGAGAGAGAGAGAGAGAAAGGAGGGGUUGGAGUCAAUGAGGGAGGAAAACACAACUGCUGCUAUCCAUGGUGGAUUCACACAACAAAUGAGGGGGGAACAGAUUUCACACAGAGAGCGACAGAAAAGAGGGAGUCUAGUCCCAAAGGGAGAUGGAAACGCAGGGAUGGAAAAAGGGCUGACGAUCCAUAAAGACACCGGCUGGCGCUCACCAGUUGUGGCAGGCUGAUUUACACAAGUACACUCCCACAUGCAUGCACGGUCACACCAAUCAACAACAAUUAACACAAACACACCGCCAUCUAAGACGCAUACAAAGACACUAUGGCUGCAGCAGAUAUUACGAGUGAAGAACAGCGAUGAAACCGAACCAAAUACUUGAGAGGAACAAUCAAAAGCCAGUUCGAUUUAAACUAAAUUGAGCAGGUUGUGUUGUUGGCGAGCUAGAAGGUGCCAUUCAUCGUGCAACCAUCUUGUUGAAUAGCCCUCUUACCCCUCAGCCGGCGGGUUAAAUCUGUUCAGGUUUAAGAGUGGAACCCACCUAGAAUAUUUAGAGUGCAAUCAACGACAACCCCCCCCCCCCCCCCCCCCCCCGUGUGAGUGGAUGUUGGUUUUAAAAUGUGUCUGAAUAUCAUUGAGAAUUAAUAUUUGAGGGUGAAUGGGGGUGAAUGUCUGCAGGUGUGAGGCCUUGUCCGUCUGCAUGGUGAACGUAGGACGACGCAGGGCAGUAUAUCAUGACAGCUUCCACGUCUUUUAGAGGUGACGAGGGCACAGUCGGAUAACUCGCGUUCUCGGUUUCAACCGAGGCGGCCGGCUGUGUGUUUCGACUUUGAUUGGUUACGUCUCGUUUUUACCUCACCACUGGCAGGGCUCUGUCCUCACUGCAGGUCCUGUGAUCAGGAUCUUAUGUGUUUCUCUAUAGCUCUUUAUCAUCUUAAGUCUUAUAAUGACAUAUAUACAGACUGGUCACUGUAUCACAAAUUUGUAGCAAAAAUAAGUGCCCAGACCAACAAAAUAAUAAUAAAAAAAGAAUCACACCGAUACACACACACACACAGGCACCCGAGUUACUACUAUACAUGCCUGCAUGCAUACACCAACAUGUAGACACACAUACACACAAGCACUUGCAAGUGAUUGUGUUAGAGUUUAUGGGACACCUUAUAUAUAGACACACUAUAUGUUUGGAUCCAAGAUAUACAAAAGGAGACAGACUGUGCUUUCAACUGUUAGACGGGAUACGUGACAAUGCGAAGAGAAAUCCCCCCCCGAGGAUUUGAUUUACAGAGAAAGACUUCCUCAGCGUCGAGGCAACUGUUGUACAACCAUUCAGACCUUCCGUCCGAGGGAGACUGGAAAGGAGAGGGGAGGGGAAGAGGAAAAACUGCCAUUUUCUUGCUCUUUCCCACCCAAUCCCCCCUGCUCCUUCCAGGAGUGGCCCCUCUCUCUCGACAAAAUCCAGGAGGAAACGAGCCGCCAACCCGGCCGAGGGGAUCUGAGAGAAACGCUUAUAUCGAGUUUUAAUACUAUGAUUGUUCUUACAAUUUUUAAACUUUAAAAUGGGAAUACUGGAAUUGAUAUGAAGAGAUUUAUUGUUACUAUUUAUCAUUACUUUCAUCGUCCUUACUGUUAUUACGGCUGCUGAGAGUUCCUGCUUACUGCCUUCGGUGGCUGAUGUGGCGCUCUUGUGCAGUUCUGACUGUGUGAUAAAGAUUAUUGUGUUGAUUAUACAGUAUAUAUAUAUAAAUAUAGAUAUGUGUAUAUAUAGGUAUUUUUGAAAUGAAAGAUGCAUAUUAUUUUGUGCACGGUACCCUUAACAUUGCUUCUAUGUGACAAGAAGCAUUGCAACUUAAUGUGAAGCACAUUUCAGAAACACUUCCUUUUCCUUUAACCUUUCUGAUUUUUCUUUUGUCAGACUGUGAAGCUUUAAUCAAAAUUACAUGUUGAUGUUUAUGGCCUCAAAAUAUGAUUUCCUCACUCUUUUAAAAAGUUAGUUGUCACUUAAUAAUAUGCAGGUACUAUAAGUGUAGCAGUUGUUACUCUGGGGAUGCCCACGUUUGACAUAAGUGAAAAUGAUGUAUUACUUUAUUUAAACAGUUCUUUAAAUUGAUUUGUUCAAUUCUGGAUAACCCCCUUUUGAUUGAUCACAUACACAAAUGUCAUUCUUUUUUCCAUGUCUGCACUGAACUCCUUCCACUGCACAUUUACAUCCCAUUCUGACCUUAGUCCUGCUUUUCUCACUGUUGCUGAGAUCAAAUAUAAGGGCUCUCUCAUGACCUCUCUACCUUGAACAACACUUCACCUCUCCUGCUGCUUUUGAGUCCUCGAACACAUAUCAAACGUGCGUUUUUACAUCGGGUGGGCACAGACGGGGAGUUUAACUCUCCUCUUCCAGGCCCUGCUAUCCUCAGUCUGUUUUUUGCAAAAAGAGAAAUGAGUUUUCAUAGAUCAUGUGCACUUACACACAGGCAUGUGAAUGAGCAAAGGUCAUCGAGGUGGAUUUGUCUCUGUAAUUGCUUUGUGCUGGUUGUCAAGGAGAGAUUAUAUUUGAAUGCAAGGGAAAUAGCAAUAAGGACGAUGAAAACAAUGGUCAUCUAAUUAUGGUUUAAGAUGUUAAAAAAAAAAAAAAAAAAAAGUAUCAAAAGUUCUAAAGAAUCUCUGUCUUCCAAAUAAUGUUUAACAUGAAAAGGUACCAUGUAUUUAUUUAACUGUUCUGCUUUCUAUACAGUUCGACCUGUUCUCUACAUCUGCCCCUCUUCCACUGUUAAUGCCCUGACAGUAUUAAGAGCUCCAGUCUGUUUUCACUCAUCAUUUGCAUCUUCUUGUUUGUACAAAGCAUCUUCCGCAGCCGCUGACAUGUUCACAGCUCAUUGUUUAUUACCAGCAUAUUAUGCAAUGGCCCUAUUACCAUUAACAACUGUGGCUUUUCACAUUUCCCUUUAAAGGUGUUGAAGUAAUUUUCAGCCAAAAGGGCCGUGUUUCUGAAAGGAUGAACAAGCAGAGUGUGACUUCCUGUCCGAACUCAUUUCACAGCCAGAUUCUACUUGUUUCUAUCAGGUCUCUAAAACGUUUGCUAGUGUAAAAAGGGCCAAUUAAGAACUUUGGAUAAGACAUUUUGAAAACAUCUCUUACUGAUACAAUGCUGUUCAUGUUAAGCGACUGGUGAGAAAUAAUCAUUUUUAACCCUUUCUUUGCAUUUAAAAGUUAUAUAAUCGAGAGCGGUGGCUCGUCGUUACUGUCAGGAGAACACGUAAGAUCUGAGGGAAUCGGUCCGACUCUAUAGAAAGCAUUUCUUUUCCUUUAAGAGAUCUUUUAAAAAAUGAGAAUAUGAACUGAUGAAAGGUAACUUACAGAAUAUAUAUGUAUAUGUGAUAUGCAUAUACACACAUUCAUAUAAACAUAUAUGAAUUUCAAAUGUUUUAAGAGAUAAUAAAUUGUUAGAAUUAUAAUAAAGAUACAGAAACAAA